CCCUGUCCCGCUAGCGGCUAGUCCGACCAGGCGAUCCCCCCCCAAACCCUCCCCCAAAACCCCAGAGCGGAGAAGAGCGCAAGAUGUUCGGCUUCGGGCACCACGGCCAGAACCCGCCGGCUCACGGCGGCGUGCACCAGCCCACCUUCAAGAUCUUCUGCAAGUCCGACGAGGGGUACUGCCUCACCGUCCGCGACGGCAACGUGGUGCUGGCCCCCGCCAACCCGCGCGACGAGCACCAGCACUGGUACAAGGACAUGCGCUUCAGCACCCAGGUCAAGGACGAGGAGGGCAACCCUGCGUUCGCCCUGGUCAACAAGGCCACUGGGCUCGCCAUCAAGCACUCCCUCGGCCAGUCCCACCCGGUGAAGCUGGUGCCGUUCAACCCGGAGUACCAGGACGAGUCGGUGCUGUGGACGGAGAGCGGCGACGUGGGCAAGGGCUUCCGCUGCAUCCGCAUGGUGAACAACAUCCGCCUCAACUUCGACGCCUUCCACGGCGACAAGGGCCACGGCGGCGUGCACGACGGCACCACCGUGGUGCUGUGGGAGUGGGCCAAGGGCGACAACCAGAGCUGGAAGAUCCUGCCCUGGGGCGACGAAGCCUACGCCGCGGGAGGCAGCAGCGCCGCCAACGCGCCCCGCUUCGGCGGCGGCGGCGAGCCCACCGUCCGCAUCUACUGCAAGGCCGACGAGGGGUUCAGCGCCACGGUCCGCAACGGCGCCGUGUGCCUCGCGCCCACCAACCCGCGCGACGAGUACCAGCACUGGAUCAAGGACAUGCGCCACAGCAACAGCGUCAAGGACGAGGAAGGGUACCCGGCCUUCGCGCUCGUCAACAGGGUCACCGGCGAGGCCAUCAAGCACUCCCAGGGCGAGGGCCACCCGGUCAAGCUGGUGCCCUACAACCCCGGCUACCAGGACGAGUCGGUGCUGUGGACGGAGAGCCGCGACGUCGGCCACGGCUUCCGCUGCGUCCGCAUGGUCAACAACAUCUACCUCAACUUCGACGCCUUCCACGGCGACAAGGACCACGGCGGCGUGCGCGACGGCACCAACAUCGUGCUCUGGAAGUGGUGCGAGGGCGACAACCAGCGCUGGAAGAUCGUCCCCUGGUAAAUGUGCUGUUCUGUGGCUGCACUGGUCAUCACCAUGAUCUGGAGCUUUGAAGGCAUAGCCACCUGUGGUCAGCAGCUGCUGCCGUGUUGCUAGAAUAAAGUUGGUGGCGAUCGAUCGAUCGAUCUGUGGUGAUUGGUGUCCCUCUCUGUGUGUUUGUGUUUAGUUCCCAGUCGUUUGUGAGGAAGUCAGUUAUGUUUGAGUGAGGGGGGGGGGGGGGGGGGGGGGUACUUCGCUCUUCGGUGAACUCUGUACUUGUCAUGAGGAGAGUUUUCACACCCGGAGUGUAGAACUCUGUACUGUACUCGGAUCCUUCCUUUUUCAUCCAAGUGGGUUUUAUUUUAUCAACCGUAUAUAUACUCGUGGUUUUGCUAUU